AUGGCUAAUGCAUCUCAACGAAGUCUUCAUCCAAGUAAGAGUUUCAUGAAUACAAUUAAUCGAGAAUCUGCGCAAGAUGUUCUAGAUUCUGUACAACGAAUUCAUAACCUUAUCGAUUCCAUAGAACAUAAGCAGGUUGAAAUUGAAAAAGCUUGGUCAAAUAUGGAAAGAAAUAUAGAUGUAUUAAAGGAAAUAGAUAAUCUUGAAGAAGGUGUUGCUAGUGUGACGAAUUGGAUUCUUGGUCCUGCCGAUUCUAUGUUAAAUGCUCACUACCAAAUAGGUUUCGACGUAGCUUCAUCGGAAGAAUUGAGGCUAGAGCAUGAAAAACUUGAACUAGAAUGUAGGGAAACAUAUGGGAAAUAUGCUGAGCUUUUACAUAAAAUAGACAGUAUAUCAAGUGACUAUCUCUCCGAGGAUUUAAAAUCCCAAAGAGAUUUUAUGGAUUUUGUCUGCAGAAGUUUCGCCACAAGACUUGAAAAACGAAGAAAUGUGCUAAUUACGUCUCAAAGAUUUUUUCGACUUGUUUCUGAGUAUUUUGACAAAACGAGUGAAGUUUUUGAUAAAUUAAUAAUGGGAAGUCGAACGUGUAAUGUUUCAAAUGCUGGAGUAAAGCUAAUGAAACUUGACCGUAGUCAACAGAAACUAGAAGGACUAGAGCAAGAAUUAGUUAAAGAAGGUGAAAAAUUAUCAGACGUUCUUUCUAUGCCAGUCAAGGAUGCUUUAUGUCGUGAUGUUCUUAUUGACUAUGGGGAAGAUAUUGUAAAUAUUAAAGAUAUUUUAGAUGCUACCAAUGCGAGGAAAAAUAUUUUCAAUGACAGUGUCGAACUUCAAAAACUAACAUUAAAACAAAUUGCACUCGUAUAUACAUACGAAAGUGAUGUGGAGCAGGCUAUAAGUUGGCUUAAUGAUCUAUUUGAUGUACUGGUUGAUAGUCAUGUCGAAAUUGGCUGUAAUGUUACAGAAAUACAAGUGCAGAAACAAGAACAUCAAUCAUUUCAAGAUACCGCCAGAGGAACAUACGAGUAUGGCUGUCAGUUGGUGAAUGGUGCGAAAGUCUUGAGAAUUUCGUGUAAGCUGGACCUCAUGAGCAAUAUGGGAUUAUUAUCUAGAUUACGGCAGGUCUGGCGUCAGCUCCGAUCGGUCAGCCAAGAACAAUUGACUCGCUUGAGAGUCUGUGCUGUGUUUCAUAAGAACGUUGCCGACGUAAGUUAUUGCCGAUAAAUAAAGUAGAAAUUAUCUUUUUGUAGAUGUUAACUAUGAAUUUA